GUGGCUGCGCAACUCCUGCCGUUGUUUCAUGAUGUAAGGCCUGGCAGCUCACAGGAGAUCCCAUCAAACUGCAGACAUGUGACCAGCAAGCUCCAGGUGCUCUCCAUCACCCUUUUUAAAGACCUGCUGGAGCUUGUAAGGGGGCCCAACCGGAGGCAGAUGAAGGAGCAUGUGCUCCAGAGCCUGGUCCCACUGCUCCUCCUUGUGCAUGAUGAGCGUCCCAACGUGUCCCAGGUGUGUUGGGACACCCUCAGCAGUGCCGCCCAAUUCCUGAGGUGGCACCAGCUCAGUGGCCUCAUCCAGCACAAGGAAACCUGGCGAAGCUGUGACUGCCUGGUGAUCCACUACAAGGAGAGAGCUGAUGACUUCCUGGGCCAGACCAUGGCCUUCCUGCAGAACCCACAGACUCCAGUUAGGGAAGCAGCCAUCAGGUUCCUAGGGCUCACUGCCCGGAAGCUGGACCAGGGGAGCCAGGACAAGCUGGACGCCAUCUGCGACAACCUCAAAGGCUUGCAGCAGGACAGCAAGUCCUCAGUCCGAUGCCUGGCUUCUCAGACCAUCUUCAUCCUGGAGGCCUUCAAGAACCAGCCUCCAGCCUGCUGCAGCCUAUGGACAUUGGUCCAUAGGAUAAGAACAAUGUGCACUGCGGAGAGCCAGCUCAUUGAAGCUGCCCAGCUGCCCUAGGUCUGGGAAAAGCCAGCCUCCCUUCUCUGGGGGCUUGGUGCAUCAGAGCCCACCUGGAGCAAGGUGGAACACAUGGCUUCUUCCCAACUGGCUGCCUGCCCUGCCCAGCCAUGUGAGUAGUUAACUGCUCGAUAGCUUUCAUCAUCAUGUACUUUUGGACAGGUUUCCAUGCACCGUGUUGCAUUUACGUCCUGCCCUCCGUCCCCAUUUCCAGUCGUGUACGUUUUUGAUGCCGUCGGCCAUUUUGAAAAUUUAUUUUGUAUUAUUUUUCUGUGUUUGGCCGGGGGAAGGUUGUGUGCUUGUGUUUUGACAUAUUUAGAGAAAAAGUACGAAUGAGUAGAAAGAGAGGCUGUAAAGGGUUUGCAGUCCCCCCACCCCCAGGCCCCACCGUCCGUCCAUCUGGGUGGGAGACCACACCCCUUGCUAUGAUACUUCCGGGUACGGUGGUUCAGGGGAAAAUUAGCUCAGUGUUAAUGGCUCUAGCCUGCAGUCAGGCCAAGUAACGGUAGAGAGUCUGUUUGCCCGGGGCCCUCAAUCAGGGCAGGGCGUCAGUCGAGAAGGGGAUCUGGCCUACAGUCA